GUAACGGUACAGCUGAACAAAUCAUAUUUGGAAAUAUGCAAAUCCGCUCAUGUCCCGGCCGUUGGAUCACUGGAAUUCACAGAUAUGUGUAGAGUGCUGGGUGAUCAGGGACUAAUCAAACUUGGUCAGUCAAAACAAGAUAGACUGAGGACAGUAACAUUACAAAUUGAAAUUUCAGACAUUUCUUUUGCUUUUAAGGAUAUUCGAUUUUUUAAAAAUUGCCUUGAAGAUUAGUGCCCUAGCUACAAGGUGAUUCACACGAGAGCAACAAAUAAGAAUAAUAAUUCUUCAUUUUUGUUUAAGGUUAGACUUCAUAAUUUGGUUCCUGCAUCACUGAGGCCUGCUUGAGUGAUGCAAUGAAAGUUAUAGCCUUUCCAUUAAUAAUUUCGUUAAGCCUAUAUUUAUGAUAGCAACAGAUUACUGGCCUGCCCCCAAUGUAGCCAUGUAGGAAACUUCUUCUUUGGAUAUUAUCGCCAGAGGUAAUUGGAGGAAUGUUGCUAAUGAGCAGUCAUAGUUUGAAA